UCUACUAUGACAAUGUAUGUGAAGAGUUGAUAAAGUACUGGAGUAAUGAACUUUGGCUCAGAUACUUGAAAAAAACCGCUUUCAUCUCGGUUAUGAGAUAAUUUUCGAAUCAAACGAUUGAUUAUUUUAUCAUAGUGUGUUAUCAAAUCUUGAAUGAGAAAGAAUACAUUCCUACUACAAUUUGAACGCAUACUUGUAGUGGUCCAUCCAGAAUUGAACAAAAAAGUUCAGUUAUGAAUGUUCGAUAAGAUAUCAAUAUUUCUACAGGUGAUUUUUUUACUUUGUGUGAAUCUUGUCUUUAUAUGGAACACAGUUGACACAAGUUCAUCACAAGAAAAUGGCUACUUGGAUGUUUUUUGCAGACCUACUUGGUAGCAAAUAUGCUUUUUUUGUUGCUAUAAUAGGGGACUGCUUAGGAGUGUUCACCGGAAUGUCGCUAGCAUGGUCUUCGUCAGUCCUCGUCAAAUUAAAGGAAGCCAAAGACAAUCCCUUGGGGGAGCCCAUCACUGCUGAACAACAUGACUUGAUUGGCUCUGUGUUUGCUAUUGGUGGAGCUGUAGGACCCAUAGUGCUUAUAUACUCCCUCGAAUACUUUGGAAGAAAGAUGACUAUGUUGAUACUGGCGAUGCUUUUUCCAAUAUCUCACUUCAUCUUAGCCUUCAGUACACACAUCCACUUGUACUACGUCUGCAGGAUACUAUGUGGUGCAGCAGUUGGUGGUUCUUUCAGUAUAGUGGCUGUGUAUAUUAGUGAAAUCGUAUCUACGAAAAUGAGAGGCACCUACAUGUCUCUGGCUACAUCUUUCAUACUCACGGGGUGUUUGAUAUCGUACAGUGUGGGACCUUUUGUGAGCAUAAGAACCUUCAACUUGAUUAUCGCGAUCUCAUCUCUACUUUAUAUACCCUUAUUCAUCUUCUUGUGUCCAGAAACUCUAUACUACACAAUGCAGAAGCAUGGGUCAGGAGAAACAGUAAAACUGUUGCAGAAGCUUAGGAAUACCGACCUAGUGGAGGAGGAACUGGGAGAGAUUGAAAACGCUGUUGGUAAGGAGGAGAAGGCGAGUCUUCUGGAUGUGCUUAAAGAUAAGGCAGCCCUGAAGGCUUUCUUCAUUUGUACAGUGCUUCUCACGUUUCAACAGUUCAGUGGAAUCAAUGUUAUAAUGACUUACACGCAGAAUAUUUUCGAAGAUGCUAAAGUUUCUGUCAGUCCAGAGAUUUGUACAAUAAUUGUAAGCAGUUUUCAAACGGCUACUUGUUUGAUAACACCAAUAGCCUCGAAAAAAUUCAACAGGAAGGUCAUGUUGGCUUUUGCUUUCACUGGAGUUGGUUUAUCGAAUGUCCUCUUAGGUUUAUACUUUUCGGUUGACUUUGUACAUAAGUUCAACUGGGUACCACUUCUCUCUAUUGUGUCUUUCGUUAUCUUCCACAACUGUGGGGUUGGUGCUCUACCUUGGACGACUUUAGGUGAACUCUAUCCUCAAAAAAUCAAAUCUGUGGGAACUGCAGUGACUAAUACCAUCUAUUGGCUGUUCCAGUUCUUGCUCACGUAUUAUUUCAACAAAAUCGACGAGGGUCUUGCUUUCAUCUUGUUUGGAGUUAUGUGUUGGGCGUGUGUUAUAUUUGUUAAAGUGUUUCUUAUAGAAACUAGAGGAAGGACAUUGCAGGAAAUCCAAGACAAACUUAGAAGAUGAAUAUGUAUUUGUUUUCAAUAAAUUAUUGUUUAAA